AUGCAGCGAAGUCGCUAUGGAAUAGGUGGUGACCAAUUGGGUCAGAUAAUGAUGAAUGAUAACGAAACUACAGAAACAUUUGGGACACAGAAUGAUAGUAGCCAACGUGAUUCGGAGCAGCUCUCGUACGAGGAGGAUGACGUCGUAAUGGCGAGUCCAUCGGUCGGUAUUGUUAAAGAUGUCAUGAAGCGCUUACUGAGAGUGCAAAAACAGAUUAAGACACUAAAACAGAACAUUGAAUCAGCUGAAAGAGGAAAUGCUUCCGGGUCCCAGUUACUGGUGGGAGGCACUGGAGAAAAUAUAGAAGUUACGAUGUCACUUUUGCAGCGGUAUGAUGAGGUUCACCUCUUUCUCUGGGGGCGCUUGACAAAAUUGCUUUAUGAAGAACACCAGCGAUGCGCUGAUGUCUACACUGACACAUUGAAUAUGCAUGAUCGUGUGCCAUUCGAGUCUCUCACACAUGCAAUUCACCAUAACACAGCCUUCUGUGAUUAUAUGGGAGAAAUUGUGGAUGCCACUAUAGUCCAUGAGGCACCCUCUACUCUAAGCGAGGUCGAAUCCCUAGAGAGAGCUUUUAUCAAUCACACUAAAAGUAUGGAAGAAACUCAGAUUCUAGCUACUUAUUCUGCGUUGCUAGUUGUGGAAGGUUCACGAGAAAGUUUUUUGGAUCCUUUGUCGACGUAUGACCUUUGUAGAGUUGUCGUGGAGGAAAAGAGUCGACGAAAGCGUCUCUUGGCACUUUCGCUAACUUUUAGUAUGCUCGAUCAGGACGACCAGGCUGUUGGUGAGGCUAUUAGUCAGCAGUUGCCUCAGUUAUUAUUGCAGCGAGUAAGACAUCUUAUUCAUCGAAUUUUUGGUCAUCCUGAGAAACACGGUGCGACAUAUUCUCGAGAAAAAAGAGGAUCACCUUUUAGGCACUAUUCCGCCGUCAUUCACAGUGGUGGAAAUUCUCCCACAAGUUCGCGGAAAGCGUCACCAGAGACCACCGGUAACAAUAGGAUUAUGCUGGCAAGCGGGAUGCCGCUUCUACCAUCAUCUGUAGUUCAAGGCCAAAACGCUAGCCCAUGUCUACAACACAUGGCUCAGGAGCAUAUUCCUAUACACACUCAAACAGAAGGAGUUUCUGACAUUAACAAUGAAGGUGAGAAAUCUGAGCGUCGGCGGACCAAAACAAUAUUGAACACUGAGGAAUUUGAGAUGGGGGGGAGACCAUUCAAAAUGAGGAAGGUGGAGCUAAAUGAAGUAGAAGUAAACCGUCAAAAAAUUGGUGAGAGUUGGGAGCCGCAGAAAGGCGAGAAGGUUGGUCGCGGGCCGGCGUGGGAUUAUGGAAGUCAAGGUGGAACAUGCGAUAUGGGUGAAAUCGUGGAGAUAACGGCAGGACAGGAAGUUCUGGUACGCUGGCUGCAAAAUGUAGAUUCACCUACAGAAAACGAAACGAAGAAUCGUGUGUUUCGCUACAAGUACAAAAAGCCCCAUGAAGAAGUUGUUCUGUGGCAACGAUAUUUGUACAUACAAACAAUGAAACCGGAUGAUAUCAACUUCAAACUGGAAGAGUUUAUGCUAAACUGCGCUGUCGUUGGAGCUCUUUGCAAUCAACGCGAAGCUGUUUUACCAGCCCUGCAGUUUCAGACGAUAGAAUCUAUGAUCCAUGUGCUGGAUAGUGUUGACUUGACAAGUGCUGCGGAUGCGGCUGCAAAAGCGGAGGAAUAUGCAGAGGAACACGGAAGGGCAUUGCUCGGACUCGAGGAAGAGGAUGGCGCUGUGGAUGAAGAUGCACUAGAGAAUUAUUUGCGCUGGGAUGCCAAUCUUUAUUUAGCGAAGGAACACUAUCGGCAGGUGAGAGAAAUCGUUGCAAGGAUUGGUUGGGUACUAAAUGCCUUGUUAUCCCAUAAAAAAUUGGCCUUUAUUUUCCUGGAAUUGGAUGGUCUACAACAAGUCAUGACGUUGAUCAACGGGCGUUUGGAGGUUUCAACGACUUAUGGUUGCUGUAUAGUGAUGUUUCAACUAGCGAGGAGUGCUGUGUUUGAAAGACUCCUUCGGAACCAUGGCAAAUAUUUUGAACCUGUAUUGAACUUUAUUUUGCAUCAGUGGAAAAACGCAUCGAACCAUGAAGUACAGGUUAGUGCUGGUGGCUUCCUUUUCCACGCACUGAGUUUUCCUUGUGUGGUUUCAUUCUUUGACGCCCAUCAGGGGCCACAGACAACUGUGAGUACAAUAGAACGUCUUUUAAAUACUUCAGACGAGAGGUUUGACGUUGUGUACCCCGGAUUAACUCUGGCGGCAUUGAAGUGUCUUUACAUCUAUCUUAUUUCUCAUUUGAUGCUAUCUACGCGAGUCGUUUUUAGAAAACAUCGGUUUUUGUCAGCGCUUGUAACAAAUUCGUCCCCGGAGGUAUCGUUACCUCGAGAUCCGGCAAAGGUUGAAUCAGUUUUGAACUUUCUCUCAGCUGCUUCAACAAGUAUUCCCGAUAUCUCGAUUGAAACUGUUCAAAGCUUGCUGACUCGUGACAGGCUUAUCGCUUUUCGGAAUUUAGUUGACAGCAACUUUCACCAACUUUUGUUUCGAUGCGCACAAUUCUACUUUGCUCAGAGUCGAUGGGAGCUGCUUGCCGCUUCGUUAAAUGUCUUGUGUGUUCUGGCAGUUGUUCCAUUUAUUCGUCCCUUAAUAGCUGAUGCGCGGUACCCUGAGUCUGGUAUUGUGCACUUGAUUAUGAUGGUAAGUGAGUUGGCUGCAGCGUUUCAUAAUGGAAAUACAUCCAGGGAGUCACAUUUGAUCCCGUGUGUGGCUACCGCAUUGCAGAUUUUGCUGCAUCUAACAGUACUUCCCACAGAUAAAAAUGAUGAAGCAGCUGUUGCAACCUUUAAUCAGGUGUGUGGUGUAGUCAGAGCAAGUGAUGGCGUCCGAACCUUGUUGGAGAUUUUACGAAUUAGAAAAGAUGCAACAAUGUCGGCCAAACUUCAAGUUUUCCCAGUAGUUGCACGAGCUUUGCAACUGAUGGUGACUCUCCGACGUUAUGCUGACACACGUCUUCUUUUUGAUGCUCUCGGGGUGAGCGCAGUGGUUCGAGAAUUGCGGUCACAGUACACUGAUGUUCAGAAGGAAUAUAUUUCUAUGAUGGGUUCACGUUACGCCACAAGCGAAGGGCAUGCAACAGGUUGUUUUAUGGAGAAUGUCAAGUGCUUCCUGAUUGACGAAACCAAUCAGGCGCCACUAACUGUUUCGAUGGAUCCCGUAGAGUUGGAGCAACGACAAGCCAUCAUUGCUCGUUCACACAUCAACUACUCACGAGAAUCUUUGUUGGAAUUGAUAUCUCGGCACUUAGAAACUGAAGGGCUUCAAAAUGCGGCCUCGGUUUUGCGUCGUGAUGCGCAUCUUUCCCUGAAUCCUUCGCUCUUGCCGCAAUCUAUUAAUGCAGGGACAGAUGUGACGGCGUUGUCAACAAUAGGUGCACCCACUCUCGAUGGCAUCAUUCGCUCUUACUUAAGACAGCAACAUGAGAAGUGUACCAACCCUAUUGCCACCCUUCCUCAGUUCGACCUGGGAAAGAGUCAUGUGUAUCACCCACUUGAUAUGCCUGUCGAUCACACAAGAAAUGCUUUUAACAGAAGGCUGGCCCAAAAGCUGGGUAUCGAUUAUUCUCUGCGUAUGAGAACAAGCGAGAAUCACCUCAUUUAUCGAUAUCCGGGCCAUUUGUUUGACAUCACAGGGGGUGGUGAUGAUCUGCAGGGAGACUGCGUUGCCUUCUGUGAUAAUGGAGAUACACUGAUUGUGGGAACUUCAGAGGGAGCGAUAGCCCUUUUUGAUACGUUUCCAGACGACACCUCUGGGGAUAAAUUGUUGGAGCAGCACCUUCUCUUUGACAAUGAAGGAGUCGCUAGAGUUUCUGUCUCAGAUGACGGGACGUUGUUUGCUGCAGUUAGCGCUGAUGACACAGUGGCUGUUAUGAGGCGCGAGGCGCUUCCCGUUGUGAUAUACCGUGUUGAAGGUAGCCGUGCUGCACGGUUUUCUAACUCCAACACUUACCUCUUGACAACCUGUGGUGAGCAGCACACAUGCCGCCUGUAUGACAUUGCUGCAGAGCGUGAAGUGCAUCAUUUUAGCGAUCCGUCGUGGUUAGGUGAAAAUAUGGACAACGUUGCCACGUUCGACUCCUCAUCGCAGCUCAUUCUCAGUGAUGCCGUUCUAUGGGACAUUCGCUGCAGCGACAAGCCCAUAUACCGUUUUGACCGUUUCACAGAGUCGUUCUGUAACGCUUUUCAUCCUUCCAACCUUCUUGUUAUGAUUGACGAGAAGGUGUGGGACUUGCGGACGUUUACGAUGCUGCGAACUGUACCUUCCUUUAAGAAUACCAGCAGCUUUCACACCAACGCCUAUGGCCGAGUGAUUUACAGUUUUCGAGAAGUUUCCAGUUUAACAAACUCUACCUCUCCCGUCCUUUCGGCUGUGGAGAGCUGCACUUUUGAAACAAUCUUCUCAACUGAGGUGCGCCCGCCCUUCAGGGCGUUUGCGGUUGAUCCGUCAGAUCGCUACUGUGCCGCGAUUCUCGAGCAGGAUGCCGAGGCAGUUGUGCGAGUGUUCUCCACCUCCUCAGGGCCGCUGCCGGGGCAGCAAACAUUUCCGCUGCCCCAAGGCAGCCGUGAUGCCGAGAACGAGGACGACCUUGGCGAAAACGAGGACGAGGGUGAGUUGGACCAUGACAGCUUCUGGUCCUCCGGUGAUGAUGAUGACGAUGACACGGACGAUGAUGAGACGGAUGAUGAUGAUGAUGAGACGGAUGAUGAUGAUGAGACGGAUGAUGAUGAUGAUGAUGAGGCGGAGAGCGAUAAUGAUGAUGAUGAUGAGACCGGCACCGCUCUGGACAACGCCACAUCAGCGGUGCCGUCCGAUAACGACAAUGAAGACGAAGAAGCGAGUGAGACAUGGGAGGAGACGGAGGGAAGCAUCGGUGGAUCGAUGAGUUCUACUUAA